CCCUACCUUUAAUUGGAUGAAAUGGCGUUAUAUUCCAUCAUCAAACGGAAUUCUUAUUCUUGCUCCUGCCUGUGAUCUCGUCCACAAUCCAUAUAAUGGCAGUUCUGUUAUUCUAGUUUACAAGUCUGGUCAUUUUUAUCGUCUCCCGAUUCUCCUCCCCUCAAAGGCUCAAACAACACCUGCCCACACACAUGAAACAUUGCAACUUCCUCUGUCUUCACUCUUCAGUCUACUCUUCGCCACUGAGAAAGCAGCACAGUCUCAUCUCUGCAGCAUCGUCAUCAUCUCAUCUCAAAUGGCGCAAGAUGGCAAACGCCCCCUCAAAAUCAUAGCUGGUGCCGACUCCUUCGGUUGCACUCUUAAGGACUCUCUCAUCGCUCACCUUCGAUCCCUUAACAUCGAAGUCGAAGAUCUCGGCACCGGCAAAUACUACUCCGUCGGCGAAGAAAUUGGUCGACGAGUCAGCUCCGCUGCCGCCGACACCAACACCGAAACCCGCGGCCUCGUUGCAUGCGGCACUGGCGUCGGCGUCGCCAUCUUCGCCAACAAAUUCCCUGGUGUCUAUGCCACCACUUGCGUUUCCGUCGACGAAGCCCGUAACACUCGAUCCAUCAACAAUUGCAACGUCCUCGCCGUCUCCGGCAUGUCCACCCCCCCUGAGUCCGGCAUCAAAAUCCUCGAGACGUGGCUUGAAACUCCUUUCAAAUCCCCCUGCCCGGCCUCCGGCAACAAGCCUUGGCCUUCGGAUAUCGAGAAUUUCUUUGACAAUUCGAUUGCCGAAAUGUCCAGCAUCGGAGCCGAUCAGGCCAAAAGCGAGAAAUUCGAUACUUGCGCAAUAUGUUGCCUGGCGAAGAAUAGGGAAUUCGCUCCGGUUGAUAUAAUGCCGGGCGGAUCUAUGAAAAUUGUGCGUGAGAGCCCGACAUCGGCGAUCGUGAGGUUUAAGGCGGGGAGCGUGGAGCCGGCACAUCACCACACAUUUGGUCAUGAUUUGGUGGUGUUGAAAGGGAGUAAGAGAGUUUGGAACUUGACUAAGAAUGAGAAGUAUGAUCUGGGAGUUGGGGACUUCUUGUUUACGCCAACCGGCGAUGUUCACCGAGUGAAGUAUUUUGAAGAUACAGAGUUCUUCAUUCGAUGGGAUGGGCACUGGGACAUUUUCUUGGACGAGGACUUGGAGACCGCUCGAGCUGCCAUUGACAAGGAUUAAGGUGUGUCUCUUUAGUUACUAAGUUCUUCUUCUCUGCUACUUCUGUUGUAGUAGCUGUUGUUGCAUAUGUACUUCUUACUUGGAAUAAAGUAGUUCUAAGGCUUCGUUAUGGAAGUGUUGAAUAAGGUAGUUCUAAGGGUUUGCUAUGGAAGUGUCACAGUGCGUGUAGCAGAAGCUGAAUUGAAGAACCCCAUAUUAGACGACGCUUCCGUUUUCAGUUAUUUCUUUUUGUAUUUGCUUUAAAUUAAAUCCUUUGUGAGAAUUGGAUUAGUUGCUGGUAUGGAUUUAAUAUAUGAUAUUCUGAUUCGAAAUUGGUUUGGCUUA